CACCCUUUGGCCCGCUCCCCGCCUCGGCUCCGCAGCCGGCGCGCAGGCCGCAGGAGGAUGAGAGGUGAAGUGAUGCGACUCUGCCUCUCUCUGCCCUUCGCUGCCGGCCCGUACCGGGCGCUGAGCGGGUGGCAGGCAGCGGGCGGCCAAGCCGUGCGCAAAAUCACUGAGAAUGCAAGAAAAUCUUUGGCCUCUCUGAGGAGAGAACACCCACGGCUUGAGCCAACGCUUGCCAUUAUUCAGGCACAUAAUGUUCCUUUGGAUCAAGAAAUAAACAAGAAGUUUGCUGAAGAGGUUGGUCUACGUGUGAUUCACAUCUGUCUCCCUGAAGGCAGCAGCAAAGAUGAGAUUGUCAGUGAAAUCUUGAGACUUAACGAAGAUCCUAAUGUGCAGGGCCUUGCCCUUGACCUCCCGGAAAGCUUGUAUAGCAGUAACAUAUUAAAUACUGUGAAGCCUGAGAAGGAUGUGGAUGGGUUAUCCGAUGUAAACCUGGGACGUUUGGUACAUGGAGAAGACUCCAACUACUUGGUUUCUCCUAUUGCUGGUGCUGUGAUGGAGCUUCUUGAAGAUCUGGAUGGGAAGACAGUACUGCUGGUGGGUGUCAAUGGGGCCUUGGGGUCCUCCUUGCAAUGCCUGCUGCAGAGACGGGGAGCCAUCACUGCCAGCUGCCACUGGAAGUCACCCGGGCUGCAGAGCAAGCUUCAUCAAGUGGAUGUGGUGGUAGCUGGCAGUCCGAAACCUGACAGUGUUCCUGUAAGCUGGCUGAAACCUGGAACCACCAUCAUCAACUGUUCUCCUGAUUUGCUGUCAGAGAAACACAACUAUGGUCAGAAAAACAGCAACACUACUGAAAAUGCACUUUGUUCUCUUGCAGUAGCAAUGAGAAUGCAGAACAUGGUAAAAAAUACAGAGCGAUGGAUCCACUCCCAGCAGCUCAGAAAAUGGGACCUCCACUGCUUGAAGCUUCAGCCCCUCUCACCAGUGCCUAGCGAUAUUGAAAUUUCCCGAGCGCAGAGUCCAAAAGCUGUUGAUGUACUUGCCAAGGAGAUAGGAUUGCUUACAGAUGAAAUUGAAAUCUAUGGCCAAACCAAAGCCAAAGUACGUUUGUCCCUGCUGGAAAGGUUAAAGGAUCAACCAGAUGGAAAAUAUGUUCUAGUUGCUGGAAUAACCCCUACACCCCUAGGAGAAGGGAAAAGCACAGUCACAAUUGGACUUGUUCAGGCUCUUACUGCACACCUUAAGAUUAAUUCCUUUGCUUGUCUGAGACAACCUUCCCAAGGACCUACUUUUGGAGUUAAAGGUGGAGCAGCUGGUGGUGGAUACGCUCAAGUGAUUCCCAUGGAGGAGUUCAAUCUUCAUUUGACUGGAGAUAUUCAUGCUAUAACUGCUGCAAAUAAUUUGCUGGCUGCUGCUAUUGAUGCUAGGAUCUUGCAUGAGAGCACUCAAUCCGAUAAGGCUUUAUAUAAUAGGCUGGUUCCAGCAGUUAAAGGUGUGAGAGGAUUUUCUUCUAUUCAGCUUGCCCGUCUGAGAAGAUUGGGAAUAAAUAAGACUGAUCCUGAGACUUUAACAGAAGAGGAGAUCAGUAGAUUUGCGCGCCUUGAUAUUGACCCUUCUACCAUAACAUGGCAACGAGUUGUGGAUACAAAUGACAGAUUUUUACGCAAGAUAACGAUUGGCCAGGCAAAUACAGAAAAAGGAUUUGUCCGUCAGGCACAGUUUGAUAUUGCUGUUGCCAGUGAAAUUAUGGCCAUCCUUGCACUUACCACCAGUCUGGAAGAUAUGAAGGAAAGACUGGGGAAAAUCGUGGUGGCUAAUGACAAGAAGGGAGAACCUGUAACAGCAGAGGAUUUGGGAGUAACAGGUGCCUUGGCAGUUUUGAUGAAAGAUGCAAUUAAGCCAACACUAAUGCAAACAUUAGAGGGAACACCAGUAUUUGUUCAUGCUGGACCUUUUGCUAACAUUGCCCAUGGAAAUUCUUCCAUUUUGGCAGAUAAAAUUGCCCUUAAACUAGUUGGGGAAAAGGGUUUUGUAGUAACUGAAGCUGGCUUUGGUGCUGACAUUGGGAUGGAGAAAUUCUUCAACAUCAAAUGCAGAGCCUCUGGCUUGGUUCCCAGUGUGGUUGUACUUGUUGCUACAGUGAGGGCUUUGAAGAUGCAUGGAGGUGGGCCAAGUGUAUCUGCUGGUGCCCCUCUGAAAAAGGAAUACACAGAAGAGAACCUCCAGCUGGUAGCUGAUGGCUGCUGUAAUCUUCAGAAACAGAUCCAGAUUGCUCAGCUCUUUGGGGUUCCCGUUGUGGUUGCUCUAAAUGUCUUCAAAACUGACUCGCCUGCUGAAGUUGAUCUUGUGUGUAAGACUGCAAAGCAGUCUGGAGCAUUUGAUGCUGUACCCUGCAAUCACUGGUCGGAUGGUGGUAGAGGAGCAGUAGAAUUAGCUCAAGCUGUGGAAAAGGCAGCCAAUCAGAAAAGCAGUUUCAAAUAUCUCUACAGCUUGGAGCUUCCGAUUGCUGAAAAAAUUAAGACCAUUGCUCAGAAAGUAUAUGGAGCGAAGGAUAUAGAGUUAUCUCCUGCUGCACAGUCACAGAUUGAUCGUUAUACCCGGCAGGGAUUUGGAAAACUUCCCAUAUGCAUGGCAAAAACUCACCUAUCCCUCUCCCAUCAACCAGAGAGGAAGGGUGUUCCCACUGAUUUCAUUUUACCGAUUAGCGAUGUGAGAGCCAGUAUUGGAGCUGGGUUCAUCUACCCGCUGGUAGGAACGAUGAGCACUAUGCCAGGACUGCCCACAAGACCAUGCUUCUAUGACAUUGAUCUUGACCCCAUCACAGAGGAAGUGAAGGGAUUGUUCUGAUGCUGAGGUCCAAAUUCAGAAGUCUGGACAUUAAGAACUGCAACUCCCCUAUUUCCUGCAAAUAAGAGACAAAAGUGAAUUUGAAAUAUUCCUGUUAUGUGUCUCUGGAAGAAUGUCAAAAUAAACCACAGAGCAAAAGUUUAUUCUUUCUUCAAACUAGUUUUUAGGAUGAAAUAUAACUGUAAGGUUGUUUUUGUUUGUUUAUUUUUAAGAAAAAAGGCAGGCUAAAUGUUUCUCUCUGUAAUGCAGAAAGCUCUCUGCUGGGUCUUGUAUUUGGUGCUGAAUAAAAUGACAUCGAGAAAGUGGAAUUUUUCUCUUUGGAGUUUUCAACUUUUCUCAAAGCAGUUAACAGAAGUAUUUGGCUAUCUAAAAACUUACGCAAACAUGAUUAUUCUCUGUGACUGAGUCUGUUCCUCCCAGAAAAAUACACUUUGGCUCCUGGCAUUCAGGAGCAGAAGCUGCACACAGAUUAACUUUGCAUUUUUGAGUUAUCAUCAAGUGUUGCUCUGGAUUCAUUUGGGCAAAAGCCAAGCUUCAAGCGAGGAAGAUACUAAGUGGAGAAAGAACAGAGCAUGUAUUCUGUGAAGGGUUUUUAAUAUAUAAUUUGUUUCCUUGAUGGGCAAAGAUCUUUUGAAACACUUCAGCCAUCACUGUCUCGCAUCCAUAGGUCUCUGCGUAUCUCUGAGGCUGUCCAGCUGGUGAUGUGCUUGUUGUGGGGAAGCCGGUUGUGAAUGCUGGUUGUUCAGGGAGGGCAUUGCUCUGCCUGAAGCCCUGUUUUGCUUCUCUUCAUGUCUAAUGAAGCCUCCUGCUGUGCUGGCUUCCGACCAGCACUGUUGCUUGUGGCAUUCAAGGCCCAGGAACAAGAGAGGAAUGAAUGGUCAUCAAGUGAGGAUGCAACAGGAAAGAACUUUGUUGUGCAGUUUUUAACCACCUUGUAAAGCUAGAGUGCAUUUUGUAUUUCACAUAGGUAUUCAGGCAACUUAAAUCCUCAGCUUUGUGCUUUAGCUUACCUCCAGUCUCUCAAAUCUGCAGCAAAAUGUGCCUUAAGCAUUGGAUACUGCAUUUAACUUUUCAGGCUGCUGCUCCUCAGGAAACUCUCACUGACUCUCACUGUUGGUUCCCUCAAUAACAAAAAAUGCAACAGGACAAUAGGUCUAAUCAAGAUAAUGGGACAUUGUUUUUUUUUUUUUAGGUAAAAAGCAGCAAAAUAAUGAUGAGAGAAUGUAUUUUCCUGGUGACAUUUUCCAUCCUGUUGCUUUGCUCUGCUUACGCACAUCUGUGUAGUAUGGGCUUAUACAAUGUAGUUUUGGUUCCCUUUUUCACAGCUACAUUUGGAGACAGAGUUGCAGCACAGUUCCUGAGGUAAUUGAGGGUCCUGUUUUGGUUUUUAAAAUCAUUCUUCGUUAUUUAUAAACCCCAAACUAUAAUUAUGGACAGAAGAACAAACUGGGGGUAAUUAAAGUAAUUAUCUGUGCCUUCCCUGGAGUAGCACGGAAAUGUCUGCUGACUGCAUUUCAGAACCUAUUCAUAGUACCGUCUCCCAGUGCCAGGGGAUCACUGUGAUGAUAAACUUCAACAUGAAGAAUAAAGCUGCCUGAUCCUUUAGCCUGAUUAGAUGAUAGAGCUCAUAAUGUCCUAAACUGUGGAUGCUUUAAUUACAUUGAGGCAGGACAAACGUGCUAAGUAGAAGGCAAGAUUCACAUAAGGAUUUCACAGCUCCUCUGGAGAGAGAGUUCUGGUGUUUUCUAUUAAAUUAUGCCCCAGAAUACAACCCCAUUAUUUGUAUAUAUCUUGUAAUGCAGUCCUGUGCACAUCGAGAGGAAUAUAGAAAAACUCCACAGACUUUUGGAAGAAUAUAAGAGAGGUUUCCAGACAUAGUUUUUCUCUAUUUCCUAUAGUUAUUAAAAGACAUAUGAGGUUUUCCCUCUGUCUUGGCCAGCAAAAUUCAGAAAACCCUAACUGUGCCUUCCCUGGGUUUGCUGUGGUUUCCCCACUGGUGUGUGGGACUGCAGUGUGGGACAUGAACAAUGGGUGUCUGGGGGACAGGUUGUGUAAGCCACUGAUUUCAAGCUGUUGCUCAAUACCCACACACUUGCUCUAUUGCAGCCUCCACACUGUCACAUCAGGCCGUUCGUGCUGGGACUGCUUUUCUGACCCGUCAGUCUCUCCCUGAAACACCAUUCCAGCUCUAUUCGUUAACAAACAUCCUGCAAUUUUUCUACUGUCACGUGUGCAGGAUUUGUUAUGCUGUUUUGAUAGCUUCAAUAAUUGAAGGAAAGCUUCAAUGGCUCCUUUUUUUUUUUGUCCUAGCCUUUUGCCCCCACCUAGUUAACUAUCUGCAAAAUCCCUUGAGCUGUUCCAUUUUUGGCUCUUCAUUUAUAUUUUAGCAGAAGAUUUGUUAGGAUUAAUUCACACUGGCCUGUAGGUUCUGUAUUGGAAUUCACAGAGACAGCUAUUGGCCAUCCACUGUGCCUUCCCCUGGGCCACCCAACUGCUGGGGCCAAAUGCCUUCAUCAAGAAGGGCUUAAAAUGAGAUCUUUUCAAGGUGAGUGGUACUUCUUGGUGCACUGCUUGUUGCUGCACAGCUGGGCCUGCAGAUAUGAGGCUCCUGCUUUGCACUGAUUUUGAGCAGUUCUGCAGUUUUGCGAGGCUUCUUGUUGUGAGUCCUGCAUUUGCUAAUGGUGUUAAAGGUGCUAAAAGUGUUUAAAAACACCUGGUUGUUUACUGUUGGGUCUGAUUUUUGUAACGUCUGAAUAGUUUGCUGUUGCUGCUGCAGAAAAUGGUGACAUUGAAAUACACCACUUACAGCAGAUUUCUUGGUCCAUAGUUAAAAUCCAAAACUCUGGAUUUUCAGUUAAUGUAAACAUCAAAAUAAAGUGCAUGUAUAUGCUGAUGUUCAAUUUGCAGAAGUGGCUCCUGUCUUAAAUCUGAAUUCAACAAUGUAGUACUUCUAUUAUUUUAUAUUGUUCUUUUUUUAUCCACCAUCCAAUCUAUUUAAAUAGUGAUCUGCUCUUCUCUGCUAAGCUACCAAGUCUUGCCACGUCCCUGUCUCCAGCUGAACACAAUCAUAGCAGGAGGGAGCUCAGUAUCAUGGUGGUUGAGUGCCAGGAGUGAGCAAGGCGUGGGGCCUCCCUCUGUGCUGUUGGCAGGAGCUGUCUCUGGAAGC